AUGGAAGAGGCAAAGGCAUUGGCUCAACACCAACAGCAACUAAUGCUACAGCAGCAGCAGCAACACCAGCAGCAGCAGCAGCAACACCAGCAGCAGCAGCAGCAGCAACACCAUCAACAUCAACAGCAACAGCAACAUCAACAGCAACAGUUAUUGCUCUUACAACAACUACAAAGGCAACAGCAACAAGCCCAACAGGCCGCGGCCAUUUCCCGUUUCCCUUCCAACAUCGACGCCCAUUUGCGCCCACUCCGAGGCCUCAAUCUCCAACCUAACCUUAUCCCCAACCCCAACCCCAACCCCAACCCUAACCCUAAUCCUAAUUCUGCUCCUAAUCUCCAACAAAAUCCUGUUGCGAACCCGCAGCAACAGCCCCAACAACAGCAGCAGCAACAACAGCAGCAACAGAGGGCCAUCCGACCCGGGAACCAGGCGGAGCUACAGAUGGCGUACCAGGACGCCUGGCGGGUCUGUCAUCCCGACUUCAAGCGUGCCUUCUCUUCCCUCGAAGACGCCUGCGAGAGGUUACUGCCUUAUCAUGUAGUGGCAGAUUAUGAGGCAGAGGAGGAUGACAGAAUCCUUGACUCUGACACAACAGGCCUGAUACCAUCUCGCUCUCAGCAGUGGGAUCACAACAUAUCUGCUAAAGUUGCAGAGUUUACAGCAACGUUUGAGAAACAGGCACUAGCCUUUAACAUAAUUUCUCGUAAACGAGCUUUGGGGGAAUUUCGUUCUGAAGAGAGACUUAUGGUUGAGCAGGCACUUUGCCAAGAAGAAAAACGAACGUGUCUGGAAUUGAAAGCAGAGCUUGAUUCAAGAGAGAAAGCUGGCCGGGAAGCUAAAUUACGAAUGGCAGCAAUCGUUCAGGCAGAGCAAGCUAGGGUUGAGUCACAAGCGCAUGCUGAAAUGUUGGCUCGGGCCCCAAUAAGGGCAAGUGCACUUGGGUCUCAAGGCAAUGAUGUUGCUAUUGGUCAUGACAUGAGAGAGCAGGAACACGGGGUUAACCCAGAAGAGAUGAUAAAUGGAUGGGGAAAUAAUAUGCAAAGAGAUGAGAAGGAACCAUCUGAAGAUUUUUUGAAUGAUGAAGAGACUGAGAAUGGAUCCACGGGCAUGCAGGAUGGCUGGCGUGAAGUUGGGGAGUUUGAUUUGAACACGCGUUAA